UGUUGUUCGCCUCCCGGCCGCGGGCGGUGCUGCGAGUGCAGUCGCGGGAACAUGGCGCCGUUUCCGGACGAGGUGGACGUGUUCUCGGCGCCGCACUGGCGCAUGAAGAAGCUGGUGAACCUGUAUUCAGAGAAGUUAUCCAAGACCAACUUCUCCAACAGUCGGGACUUCCAGGCCCUGCUCACCUCGCUGUACGCCACCUUCACGGAGUUCAAGUCACACGAGCAGAUCGAGAAUGAGUGCAUCAUGGAGGAGCUGCAGCAGCGGCUGCGAGCCCUGUCCAUCCGCAACAGCUCCGUCUCCACCGUACACUCUGACAACAAGCUGUCAGACAUGUUACGGCUCUUUGAGAAGGGCCUCAAGAACAUCAAGAAUGAAUAUGAGCAGCUGAAUUACAGCCGGCAGCUGAAGGAACGGCUCGACGCCUUCACCAAAGAGUUCAUCCCUCACAUGAAGGAAGAGGAGGAGGUUUUCCAGCCGCUACUGAUGGAGUACUUCACCUACGAGGAGCUGAAGGACAUUAAGACGAAGGUGAUAGCCCAGCACCGCUCACAGGGUCACGUCGACCCCGUCCACGUACCGACUGAGCUGCCCCUCUGGGGCCAGUCUCAGGAGGCCAAACUGCCCAAGAACGCUCCUGGCAAGAAGGCAUGGAAAGAUCCCCAGCCUGAGGUGAACAACACGCAUGUGUCCCAGCUGCCCCCGGAGCUGUUGCUGAAGAUUCUGGGGUACCUGAAUCCCCGCGAGCUGUGCCGGUCCCGACAGGUCAACACGCGCUGGGCUCGCGUGGCCCGCACUGGCGCCCUGUGGAGACACCUGCACCCUGUCAGCUGGGCCCGCGGUAACUGGUACAAUGGACCACCCUCCAGUGUCGGCACAGGGACCGACCGGUGCUGGGACGAAGAUCUGACUCGGGCCCGGAGAUGGGACGAGGAUGCCGAUGUUGAUGAAUCUGAGGAGGAUGGACACAGACAGAGUGCACAGAGGGAGGGGCAGCUCCUGCAGGGGCUGAUGCACCACGUCCUGCCGCAGGUCGGCCCGUCGGUCCGCAGCUUGGUCCUGGCCUACAGCACCACCGUCUCCAGCCAGAUGGUGCGACAGAUUCUGAGUGCCUGUCCGCGUCUGGAGCACCUGGACCUGACACAAACGCCUGUGACCGACUCCGCCUUCAACAGGUGCGCCCCAGGGUCCUGUCGCUCCCUGCAGCACCUGGACCUGUCGGGCUGCGACCGGAUCACGGACACAGCGCUGCUGCACCUGUCACGGGCGCUGGGCGAGCUGCCGGUGGUCAGUGUCGGGGGUGAGGAGGAGGAGGAGCAGGAGGAGGAGAGGGGCGCUCACCGAGAUCGCUGCUGCUGGGUCUCUCUCGGCUGCAACGACUGCCUGCCGGCGGAGGAGGUGGACCACGGGACCCAGGACAGCCGCAGUCGGGUUUGGCUCCUGCCCCAGGGCCAGCUACUGGACAUUGAGGAGGCGGGCGAACUGAAGCAGAGGGGGUCCCGGCUGCCCCACCCCCGGCACCCGCUGCCUGCCUGUUCCGUGGCCUCCCGCUGCCCGCGGGAGCUGAGCUCAGCUCGAGGGCGGGCGCUCUGCGGUCACUCGCUCUGCACAGCGGAGGCCGGGGUCAGCUGGGCCUCUUGUAACCGGAUGGUGUGGAGCCGAGGCUGCGAGGCAGGGGGGUCGCCUGGCCAUCGGAAGGAGGCCCAGGCCGAGGGGGGGCCUCUUCCUCGCUCCCUGCGCUUCCUCAGUCUAUCUGGCUGCUACCACGUCACCGACCAGGGCCUCAGGGCCCUGACUCGACACGGGGGGCUACCCUUGCUACAACACCUGGAUCUGUCUGGUUGCCUGUUGGUGACUGGCCCCGGGCUACAGGAGCUGGUGUCCGCCUGCCCCACCCUCAACGAUGAGUUCUUCUUCUACUGUGAUAACAUCAGCGCCACAGGCGAGGUCUUGGAGUACUGGCAUGUGGCUGCUGCUGUUCCUCUGUUUAAGAAGGUACAAGGGAAAGUUCUGGGAGCUAUAGACCUGCGAGUCUCACAUCAGUUGUCGGGAAACUGCUGGAGAAAAUUCUGGCCCUCACGCCAACACUGCCAGCGGCUGUCAGAACCUGCAGUGCUCGGGCCGGGCAUGCUGCCGCUCCGGAGAGUGACACUCCCCCCACCCACCUCCCCAGUCCAGUGCUCGGGCUGGCCGCACCGGAGAAUGACUCCCUUCUCUUCUCCUGACACUCCUGCCAGAACCCACCCUGUCUGACAGGCCACCUCACCUCCCCAACGCAGUGCUCAGGCUGGGCCUGCUGCUGCUCCAGAGACCGACUCACCCCUGAUCGUCAUUCAUCUCUCACCCAGCACCCAUCCACACUCCCAACCUGAUCUCGAGCUCGGCAUCCAAGCACUUUACAGCCCUUUAACUGAGCGGAUUGCCUCUGUAUGGAGGACCAAGGAUUGGCAGGGACUCCGGGCUGACCCCACCCCAACCCUCCUUCCCUCAGUGAGGGGAGUGGCUGCACCAACUCCUUCUCAGUCAGUCCCCCUCACGACUACAUCUGCAGGAGGAAGGACACAGGAGCUGAAUGAACACGACCCCCUUCCCACUCUACCCUGUACCUGAACCCCCCUCCACUCUCCCCAUUCUCCUUCCUCUCUCCCCCUUCCCCACUCCCAUCUUUUCCCCUCUUCCAGCUCUCUCUCCCCCUCACCGUACUCCCCAUCUAUCCCACCCUCCCUUCCCUAUCCCCGCUUGCCCCUCCCACACCCUGGAGACAGCGGGUUGCAGAGGACACAGCCCCUCCGAGGUGCAGCCAUAGGGCAGGACGGACUGUCCAGCCCAGCAGGCUGGAUUCACUUGCUGCUUCUGAUCUCUCUGUUCUCAUCUACAGUUUGCAAAAUGUGUGUACAAAUUGAAUUAAACCUACCUUCACCGUG